AUGAAGAGUCGAUUGAAGCUCUCCCUCCUGGGCAUAACCGCAACCGCCGCUAUAGCAAGUGGUGAUGUACACCUCCAUUCUCGCUCUUCUGCACCACUAUGCACCAACUCAGCUUCGACACUGUCUUUGAGUGACCCGCCCUAUAGUAACUACUUUUACUCCGACUGUAAUGUCGCUGCCCAGGCGGUGGUCACUAGUCCCUUGCCUGACAGCAACCUAUCCACCAUCGGCCCACGUCUGAUCAUUGCCUGGCCCGCGGGUAACAGUGGCAUAUGCACCUUCUUCACACCCGAGAAUAAAGUCAACGGAACUUUGUCAGUGGAGCUGGUGAACUCGACAAUCGGCAGUCCAUUAGCACCGGUGUAUAAUGCUUCUUCAACAAGCAACUAUCCCAAUGUGGGUAUUCAGGGGGUCAUAAGAUUCAACUCUUCUGCUACCCUCUCUCUGCCCAUAUUGGGAAGUAUUCGCACGAUCCGAGAUUUCGUAGAGGGUGCUAGUAUCCUCUAUCCAGAAAUUCAGAAUGCUAUUCAGUAUACUUCCAACAGCGAUGGAAGCGCUUCGGUCGAGCGACAGUGGCUCGAUAACGUUACUACCACGAGUCUUUCUUUCCAGCCAUGGGUUAAUGGUGCCAUCGGCGGUGAUUCUACUGUCACGGUUGCUGACCGCACACUGGCAUUCGAGGCAGGCGAGUAUCUUUUCACGGCAAAACUGAAUUAUCCCCAGCUAGCAUCAUUGAAUCCAGAUGCAGUGCUAAACAAUGAGUCAGCCCAUCUCACUACCGAGAUGCCUGAUCAGACAACUGCGCUUUCUUUCCUAUCGUACUCGGAAAAAUUGCUUGCAGGUGCUUGGCGGUUUCUGACGUAUUUUGGGCGUGACUCAAUGAUUUCUGCGCUUCUGUUGGAGCCUGUCCUGAGCAAUGGAAAUGGAACCGCUAUGGAAGCUGUUCUGGGGGCUGUGUUGGAGCGUACCAACCGGACUGACGGCAGUGUCUGCCAUGAAGAAACUAUUGGUGACUACGCGACCUGGACCAAUAUGCAAGAUAACAUCACUAGUAGCGCCAUGAUCUGCACUUAUGGAAUGAUCGACCCAGACUACUAUCUGCCCGUCUUGAUGCAGCGAUAUUUCCUAAACAACCCAGUUGGUCAAAAGCGAGCUUCUGUGUUCUUCAACACAAAGGCCGGAUCCAUCAACGCAGCAAACAAAAAUCUAACCUGGGGCCAACUAGCCCUAAUAAACGCCGAGCGCAUAAUGCGCCUCACAGCUCCAUUUGCCCAAAACCAAACAAAAGAUAACUUAAUUCACCUGAAACAAGACCAAGUCGUCGGCCAAUGGCGAGAUAGCGAGUUCGGCAUCGGCGGAGGCCGCAUCCCCUUCGACGUAAACACAGCCCUUGCCCCAGCAGCUCUCCGCUCCAUCGCCUCCCUCGCCCGAGGAGGCAUCUACAGAAACAAGCAAUGGGGCCAACUAGCAGAUCAAUACGCCCAAAUAUGGGAAGAUCAAACUCUCCAGUUCUUCGAAGUGUCAGUACCCCAAUCUCAAGCACAAACUUUGGUCAAAUCAUACAAAAACGCGUCCGCGUUCGCGGGCCCGGAUCAAACCUCAUCAAUUGAUACGGACGUCACCUUUUACGCCCUGGCUCUAGAUGGCAAUAACAACCUCUCAAAGGUGGAAGUGAUGCACACAGACGACUGUUUCCGUCACUACCUCCUAAACACAACAAACAACGCCCAACUAUCCAGAUUCCUGAAUGCAACCGCGACAAAUAUCCGCCGCACGUUCCCGGCUGGAUUAAUGACUGAUGUGGGUAUGUUAAUCGCGAACCCGGCUUUCGGUGGGGAUGUCGUUUAUGCUCAGAACUGGACUACCGGCGCCUAUCAUGGUACGGUUGUCUGGUCUUGGCAGCUCGCUAUGAUGGCGAAGGGUCUUGAGUUGCAGAUGGGGCGGUGCGAGGUUAGAGCAAACUUCUCCGCGCCUUCGAAGAAUGCAGAGGAGAGGGUUGUGGCUGUGCCGGAUUUUUGUACCGAUGAUUCGAUAUUCGAUAACGUUAAAGCUGCGUAUAAUGCGCUUUGGGAUUCUAUUGAGUUGAAUGAUGAGCAGCUUUCGACGGAGAUGUGGUCUUGGGUUUAUGGGGAUGGAAAGUUUCAGUUGGCGCAGUUGGUUGACUUGCCACCGCCGCCUGGGCUUUCGGGUCAGACUGAAUCCGAUAUUCUGCAGCUAUGGUCGCUUGCUUUCUUGGCUGUUUCGAGAAAUUCGAAUUAUCAGUAA